AUGGUGGCCGGUAGCGCUCGCUACGUGCGAUACCUUCUGAUUUCUUUUUUUGUUCUCGCUGUAUUCUAUUUCGUUUCACACUCCUCUCGCGAUGUAAGGCCAGAUCAGUAUCCAGGCGGAAGCGGCGACAUCCAACAGAGCCAUCCGGCUGCGAAAGAACCUGCAAAGGUCGACACGCCCAAGGUCGAUACCCCUAAGGUGGACACACACAAGGCCCAUGAUACUCCAAAUAAGGACCAAUCUUCUACUAAACCUGCCAUCGGUAAGGUUGAUUCGGGCAAGGCAGCUGAGCACCCUAUGGCCAUGAAGCCUGGCCAGCCCGAAUGGGAGGAUCUUGUCAGCAUCGCACCAGGCCCGCGCGUGAACGCAACCUUUAUCACGCUUGCCCGUAACUCGGACAUUUGGGAGAUUGCCGACUCGAUCCGCCAGGUCGAGGACCGCUUCAACAAGCGCUACAACUAUGACUGGGUCUUCUUGAAUGACGCGCCUUUUGAUGACGAAUUUAAAGCGAUCACUACUUCGCUCGUCUCUGGCAAGACGCACUACGGCCAGAUCCCCAAGGAACACUGGUCGUUCCCUGAGUGGAUUGAUGAAGAUAAGGCCGCCAAGGUGCGCGAGGACAUGAAGGAGAAGAAGAUCAUCUACGGAGACUCCAUCAGCUAUCGCCACAUGUGCCGCUUCGAGUCAGGCUUCUUCUUCCGCCAACCGCUGAUGAUGAACUACGACUACUACUGGCGCGUUGAGCCCAGCGUCAAGCUCUUCUGCGAUAUCCACUACGACCCUUUCCGUUACAUGAAGGAGAACAAGAAGAAGUACAGCUUUGUCCUGAGCCUGUACGAGUACGUCGAGACAAUCCCGACCCUCUGGGACAGCACCAAGAAGUUCAUGAAGAACCACCCGGAGCACAUUGUCGAAGGCAACACCAUGCAGUUCCUGAGUGACGAUGGCGGCGAGACCUACAACAAGUGUCACUUUUGGUCCAAUUUUGAGAUUGGCGACCUGAACUGGCUACGCUCCAAGGCCUACAUCGACUUCUUCGAGUCUCUCGACAAGGACGGCGGUUUCUUCUACGAGCGCUGGGGAGAUGCCCCUGUUCACUCGAUUGCUGCCGGGCUUAUGCUCAAGAAGGAGGAGCUUCAUUUCUUCAACGACAUUGCCUACUGGCACGUCCCCUUCACGCACUGCCCCACUGGCGACAAACUCCGCCAAAAGCUCAAGUGCACAUGCAACCCCAAGGACAACUUUGACUGGAAGGGCUAUUCUUGUACUUCGCGUUUCUUCGAGGCCAAUGGAAUGGAGAAACCUGAGGGCUGGGAGAAGGAAACAGACUAA